AUUUAGACCAUUUUACACAAAAAAAAAAAAAAAAAAGUGCAACCUUAAGCCUUAAUAUUUGACCAAAAAACCAACAUUGUUCAAACAUAAUAUUAUAUAAUUUCCUACUUCUAUAUAAUAUACUAAGCUUGUUCUAUAUGGCAUACUCUAAGCUCAUUUCUAAGAAAAACAAGAUGAUCAACCUUAAAUUAGUCAUGGAGAAGUUGCAAAGGAGUUUCUUCCUAGGAAAGAGGCUUUCGAUGUCCGAUGUUGAUGAGCUCCAAGAUCAACAUGAUCAUGAGGAGGAGGUAUGUCACUCUGGAGGUGACUCAAACACGGUGCCUGAGGAUGUGAAGGAAGGACAUUUUGUCGCGGUGGCUGUUGAUGGAGGGGAUGUGAAGCGGUUCGUUGUGCCUCUAAGGUACUUAACACACCCUAUGUUUCUAGCAUUGUUGGAAAAGGCAGCUGAGGAGUAUGGGUUCGAUCAUGGUGGUGCACUUACCAUACCUUGUAAGCCAAGUGUGAUUGAGAAAAUAUUGGCUGAUAGAUGGGAUGGAGGUAGACGAUCUAGUUCUAGGAGAAGGUCUAAUAAUUAUAAGAGAAAUUUCAAUAUUUUGGUUCAAAGCUAUUAGAUUAAUUAAUUACUUAGCUUGUAUUAUGUGAAAUGGGUAUAUAUCAAUGCAUGUAAUGCUUUUCUCCCCUUUAAAGUCUCAAGGUUUUUUGAGGGGUUGUUCUAAUUA